CUCAGCAUCAGUCGCCAUGACAACAGCAGUGACAGCAGUGGUGUUGGCUCUACUAGCAGUGGCCCACGCCGGACCGGCUCCUAAGACUUUUAAGCUGUGUGUACCUCACAAUGCCUACCAAGCUUGUCUGCAGAUGGUGGAGCAAGGCAAGGGUGUGGGGGUGGAGAUGACUUGUGUGCCAGCCAGAGACAGGUUGGACUGUUUAUCCAAGGUAAAGGACCAUGAGGCUGAUUGGGAGGCCGUUGACCCAGAGGACAUGUACAUUGCUGGCAAGAGGUUUGGCGACUCCCUCAGUGUGUUCAAGGAGAUUCGCACCAAGGAGGAACCUGACGCGGAGUUCCGAUACGAGGCCGUGGUUGUGAUUCACAAAGACCUGAACAUCAACAACAUUGAACAGCUCCAGGGGCUCAAGUCUUGUCACACUGGUGUCGGCCGCAAUGUUGGCUACAAGAUACCUAUAACCAAGUUGACCAAGAUGAAGAUUCUGCCUCCUCUGAACGACACCAAGCUCUCUCCAAGAGAAAAUGAGCUCAAAGCUUUGUCAACGUUCUUUAGCAAGUCUUGCAUUGUUGGCAAAUGGUCGCCAGACCCUGAGAUCAACCAGAGACUCAAACAGCAAUACCACAACCUGUGCGAGCUGUGUGAGUUUCCAGACAAGUGUGACUACCCUGACCAGAACUCUGGAUAUGAGGGAGCCCUGAGGUGUCUGGCUGUGGGAGACGGAGAAGUGGCAUUCACCAAGGUUAUCUUUGUCAAGAAGUUCUUUGGAAUGGCGUAUGGAAGCCAGCCUGCCUCUCAGUCUGAGUACAACCCUGCUGACUACGCCUACUUGUGUCCCGACGCCUCCAAGAGACCCGUGACCGGUGCUCCCUGUAGCUGGGCUGCGCGGCCGUGGCAGGGAUACCUGACCAGCGACCAGGACCAGCAAGACGUGGCAGCUCUGCGGGAAGCCAUCACCAAACUGAACAACCUUGGAGAGCAGAACCACGCUGAGUGGAUCACCUCUGUGCUGGCCCUCAACAACAAGACUCUGGCGAGGGACAACAACGGACCCUACGCUCCCCUCCAGUACCUAGAGAAAGCCAAGUACGUGGAUGUUAUUGAACGAGAUGUGCUGGAACCUCGCCGCUAUGUGAAACUCUGCACCUCCACUCCGUCCGAGGCUGCCAAGUGUGAGGACCUCGCUCAGGCUGCGUACUCACGAGACAUCCGUCCAGGUCUGGCCUGUGUUGCUCGUCCUUCACUGUCCGAGUGUCUUGCAGCCAUCAAAAACAACCAAGCUGACAUAGUCUCAGUUGAUCCUGGUCUUGCAGUCAAUGUCUUGAGCAAGUUCCAACUUACCCCAGUUCUGAAGGAGGAGUAUGAGAAUGACCACAGGACCUCGGCUGUUGCUGUUGUCAAGAAGUCGUCUGCACUGCAGAGCUGGGCGGACCUCAAGGCUCACAAGGCCUGCUUUGCCAAUGUUGGCGAGGCAGCAGGUUGGGUGGUCCCUGUACACAAGCUUGUCAUGUCAGGUCUCGUGGACAAAAACAACUGUCCUUACACCAAGGCCGUCGCGGAAUUCUUCACUGCUGUCAAUUAUUCUGAAGAGCCAUUCAAGUGCCUUGCAUCUGGAGAAGGUGAUGUGGCUUUCAUGGACUAUGAUUCUCUCUUGAGGCAUGUUGAUGGAGGAGAGCUGGCUAAGGACCAGAAGGCUUCUGACUAUGAGUUGCUGUGUAAUGAAGGAGGUCGCAAACCUCUGGACCAAUACAUGAGCUGCAACCAAGGCUCCGUCCCUCCUAAAGUGGUGUUGGCAAGGAAAGAGAUGUCUCCCGUAGAGAAGGAGGAUGUCCUGUUCACACUGCUGAGUGCUGCUGAUCUCUACCACAAACACCCGGAGUAUUUCGACAUGUUCGGCUCAUACAAGGGACACUCUAAUGUGAUAUUCUCGAACGCUGCCUCUGGUCUGGACACAGUUCACCCAGAAGCUGACCCUCUCACAGGCCACAUGAAGCUCCAUGACGACCUCAAGACCUGCACACCCCAAGAGUCGAAGCCAUAACUUAAAGCUGUGCCUAUAUGUGCAAGACUACACAAGCAAAAGACUCGCAAAAGACUCGACAUUCCAAUGAAGAAGGAUCCAAGUCUGAUAGGGAUCCAUCUUCAAAUCAAACAGACUGUGUUAAAAUUAGAAUAAUUAUGUAAUAGAUAAGUAAAAC